AUGAGUGGCAGACGAGGUAGAUCACCUGCCCGGGCCCGAGGUAAUAGGCCUAUUCCUAUUCCUGUUCCUGCUCCACCGCUAGUACCUACCCCUGGGGAGUCCUCUACUAAUAUGCGCCAAGAGAUGAAUGAAUUAAGGGGUGCAGUAACAGGCAUGAUGAGACAUUUUGAGGCCUUUAUGGCUAAUCAGAGGGGACAAGGACAAGUACCACAGGAAGCUGGAGCUGAACCAAAUCCAAAUCCAAAUGAGAGAGAUGUUGGGCAAACUUCCAACCUAGUGACUCAAGAAGUGGAAGCUCAAGGAAAUGAUGGUAAUGCUGGAAGUCAGUUAUUGAAGAACUUUAUGGCCCUCAGGCCUCCAGAAUUUCAUGGGAGGACGGAUGUGUUGGCAGCAGAGAGUUGGAUGCUAUCAAUGGAGAAACAUCUUCGGGCUAUGGGGUGCAAUGAUGCCCAGAAAGUCCAGUUGGCCACAUUCCUAUUUCGUGAUGACGCAGAAAGGUGGUGGGAAACCACAAGGCAACGGUAUGGGAUAAGAGGACCGACAUGGGCAGAAUUUCGGGAGGUGUUCCAUGGAACCUAUUUUCCAUCAUGGGUUCGGGAGCAAAAGACCUAUGAAUUUAUCGAGUUGACACAAGGGAACAAGUCCGUAGCUCAGUAUGAAGAGGAGUUCAUAUCUUUGGCAAGAUUUGCCCCAGACUUAGUAUCUACUGAGGAAAAGAAGGCAACAAAAUUUCAGAGGGGACUUCGAGUAGAGAUUAGAUACCCGUUGGUCGGCGCCAGGAUCACGGAUUAUGCUACCCUAGUAGAGAGGGCCUACACUAUUGAGAAUGAGAGGAAUGAAUUGAGGAUGGUACAAGCAGCAUCUAGGGGAGCAAGUGCAUCUCAUGGGCGAGGAAACGGCAAGAAGAGAAAAUGGGAGACAAGUUCAGGGAAGAAUGCAUCAGAGAUCCCUCCAUGCAAAAUUUGUGGGAAGAAACAUCGAGACCCAUGCCGUUUUGCUAAGGGGGUAUGUUACCUAUGUGGGCAGGCAGGCCAUUUGCAAAAGGAUUGUCCUCAAAAUUCAGGCAUGAUAGGUGAUAGAGGGGUGACAUGUUUUGAAUGUGGUCGGAAGGGCCACAAAGCUAAUGUUUGUCGCCAGCCACAAUAG